AUGUCGAACGAAUACAACUACGAUGCCGAUGCGCAGUUCUACCCUUUCUACGUAAUCACCGUCAGCGCCUUCGUCGCGCUCCCUCUCACAUACAGUCUGCUCCGCACUCCCUCAGACACCACCAGCCAGGCGAAAGCAGGCCACAUCACCAGUUCCUUCAAGCCAGACGAUGCCGACAUCAUUGCUGGCCAGCGGUCCAAGCAAAAGCGGAAAGAGCUACGCUUGAAGCGCAUAAUUACCGCCGCCUCUGCAUGGCUCCUGAUCCUGUACUCGAUAUACCUCAUCGCAGUCACCGCCCGAUCACAGCCCAAGAUAUGGAACCCUUACGACAUCCUCGACAUUGGCAUGUCUGCCUCUGAAAAGCAGAUCAACUCGCGAUACAGGAAGCUCAGUAUUACCAUGCACCCAGACAAGCGACAGCCCAACCCUGCCCUCAAUCAGACGAUCGAGACCAUCAACGACGACUGGGUUGAGAUAGUCAAGGCCUACAAAGCGCUCACGGAUGAGGAGGUCAGGAGUAACUUCAUCCAGUACGGCAACCCCGAUGGCAAGCAGAGCACGAGCUUUGGCAUAGCGCUACCACAGUUUCUCGUUGCUGCAGGCAGUGGGAAGUAUGUUCUGGCAAUCUAUGGUCUGCUACUGGGCAUCGGUCUGCCGUGGCUGGUUGGCAAGUGGUGGUACGGCAUGCAGUCCAAGACUCGAGAAAAGAUCCUGGUCACUAGCGCAGGUAACAUGUUCAGGGACUACAGGGAUAACAUGGACGCUGGAGACGUCGUUGCGGCUGUGAGCAGCGCUGACGAGUUCAAGGACAUCUUAUCUGGGGCACGUGAGGGCAACGGGCUAGGCAGAGUCGAAAGUAAGCUGGCUGGUUUGAUCGAAAGCGGCGCCGUAAUGCUUCCAAAGGACAAGAAGAAGCUGGACGAAAUGGAAGAUCUUGCACGCCGCAAGACACUCGCGCUUCUAUGGGCGUACCUGAACCGGUUGGAUCUGGACGACAAUUCUCUCGAGGCGGAGAAGUACGAGCUGGCGCCAACCGCACUCCAAAUGGCAGAGGCCUUCCGAUCGACGGUUCUUUCCUAUGGCAACACUGCUCCGCUUAUGGCUGAGUACCAGGUGGAGCAGUCCCUUGUUCAAGCUGUCACACCAAAUGCUGCUGGUCGCGCCCCACUCUUGCAACUGCCACACUUUACGCCUGAGAUUGUACGCGAAGUAGAAGGCGCGGUCAACACUACACGAGAGCACAUGACUAUUCAGUCGUUCAUGGCUCUCCCUGCAGAACAACGACAAGCGCUCGCGCAGGCCGCUGGUCUCACCAACGAUCGAUUGAAGGUUGCUGAGAGCGUUGCCAAGCAGCUACCUCUUCUACGCGUCGAGAAGGCAUUCUUCAAGGUCCAAGGCGAGAAGCACAUCACCGGUUCCUCGCUUGUCCAAUAUGUUAUCAAGGCUCGCUUCAUCCCACCCGGCACCCCAGCAUCGAGCAUUCCUCCGAUCGACGAGAAGGACCUUCUGGAUGUGGAUCCAGCGGAAGGUGAUAUCAAGGCCCAGAAGAUCGAGCCCGAGCAGCACUUUGUUCCUCUCGCGCAUGCACCAUACUUUCCUCAGGACCGCGCACCCAGGUGGCACGUAUUCCUUGCCGACAACCGACAAGGCAAGGUCGCAGUGCCACCUUUCACUUUCAGCACUUUUGAUAAGAAGCCUUUCGACAGUGAGGGCAAGCCUACCUUCAAUGUGGUCACCCUGAAGAUGCAAUUUGCAGCACCACCUCAAGCCGGAGAGUACAAGUUUCAGAUGCACUUGGUGUGUGACAGCUACAUUGGCUUCAACCACAAGCAGGAUGCGGUGAUGAUGGUUGAGGACGCAAGCAAAGUGCAGCAAGUCGACGAGGAAGAUGAGAUUUCGGAGCCUGAAGAGGAUUCUAUCGCUGGCCAGAUGGCUGCACUCAAGGGACAACCGACUGCUGACCCAGACAAGCCAGUCCGCAAUCGCAAGCUUAAGGAGAAACUCGCGCAAGAAGAGAGCGAUUACGAGAGUAACACCGACGAGGACGAAGAAUCAGAGAGUGAGACUGAUACCGACACCGAUUCGGAAGCAGAAGAGGCCGCCAAGAAGGCAAAGGCAUGGUGGUAG